AUGGAUCAAAUUAAUGUUAACUUUGUACGGCACCAUGUUUAAAGUGUGAAAAUAAUCCUAAUAAUUGUACAGAAUGCAUCUCUACUUUUACAUUAAGUUAGGAUAUCAAUUAUAAAUGUUAGUGUGAAUUUGGCUAUUUUUCGGUUGAUCCUCAAACAUGUUAAAAAUGUUAAAGUCCAUGUUAAACUUGUGAAUCAAAUUAGAAUCAUUGUUUAUCAUGCGUUGAUAUUCAUUAAAUAAUAACUGAUUUGCAUUAAUGCAUAUGUAACACAGGUUGGAUUUUUAAUACAAAUGGUAUCACAUGUAUCAAGUGUUAAUUAUCAUGUGAUAGUUGUAUAGAUACAAUCAAUAAAUGUGUAACAUGUAAAGAUCAAAUACAUUAAUAACCUGAAUCUUGUUAAUGUGAAUCUGGAUGGAUAUUUGAUGAUAAUUACUUCUGCAUACCUUGUUUAGAACCAUGUAAAACUUGUGAGAUUUCUACAUCUAAAUGUUUGACUUGUACAAAUGUUCAUCAAGAACUUAAUAAUAUAUCAUAAUGCGUUUGCUAAUCUACUUAUUAUUCUUAAGAUUUAACAACAUGUAUAAAAUGUGAAUCCCCUUGUUUUGAAUGUGAUAUAAAUGGAUGUAUCAACUGCAUAGAUUUCAAUCAAAUCCUAGAUUCCAAUUAAAAGUGUAUUUGUAAAUCUGGAUAUCUCUAACAAAAUUUUAUUUGUCUUCAAUGCUAAAAUCCAUGCGCUACAUGUAUUAAUUAUGUAAAUAAAUGUCUCACAUGCGUGGAUCCAAAUUAAAUAGUCCAAGAUAAUAAAUGUUUCUGUAAAGAAGGGUUUGAAUAAAAAGGAGAUUUUUGUUGUGAUAAAUAAUGUAUAGAUUGUCAAGGAAUAGAUAAUUGUAAUAAUUGUGUAGAGGGAUUUUAUUUAUCCAUGAUUAAAUAAUGUUUAUAAUGUAUUGACCAUUGUGAUAUUUGCUAAAAUCAAAUCAACUGCUAAGCUUGUUAGUAAGGAUAUUUCAUUAAUUAAUCAACAUAAUGUGAAUAAUGUGUUCCUUUUUGUAAAAUAUGUGGCAAUUCUUUAAAUUGUGAUAUAUGCUUCAAUGGAUAUUAUCUAACGGAUUAGAAAUGUGAGAUAUGUAAUUAAAAUUGUUUAACUUGUGUUGAAUUCUCGGAAAAAUGCAUUUCUUGUAGAUCAAAUUAUGAAAUAAAUUCUAAUAAUUAAUGUAUGUGUAAAAUUGGAUACUAUGAAGAGUAUAAUCAAUGUUAUAGAUGUGAAUAUCCAUGUAAAACUUGUUUAAGUAAAACUGUUUGUUAAGAAUGUGUACCUUUAUCUAAUUUACACUUAGAUAAAAAUUUUUAAUGUAAUUGUAGUCCAGGUUAUUUCUGGAAUUAAAAUAGUUGUUCUUAAUGUUAUCAAUUAUGCUUAACAUGUAUUGGUAAUUAAUUUCAUUGUUUGAGUUGUGAAUAAAGACUAAAUCGAAUUUUAAAUAAUACAAAAUGUAUGUGUACUGAUAAUUAUUUUGAAAGUGAUGAUGGAGUUUGUAUUUCAUGUUUGGAUUAAUUAGGUAAAUCUUAAGUAAGUUGCAAAUAUUAAGAUUGCAAAGAUUAAAUUUGGACAUACGGAGAAGAAUGUGAUGAUGGAAAUGAUGUAAAUAGAGAUGGAUGUUCUAAUUGUAAGAUUGAUCAGAAUUACUCUUGUUCUAAUAAAAUAUUAAAGUAAUCAAUUUGUUUUCAAUGUUCAACUAAUUGCAUUUAAUGCCAACUAAAUAUAUAGACAAAUAAACCUUUUUGUAUAAAAUGCUAAGUUGGCUAUUUCUUAGAUAAAAAUGAUUGUGUUGAAUGUUCAAUCAAUUGUUUGGAAUGUAUUGAUUAGGCUUAUAAUUGUAUAAGUUGUAAGUUUUCAUAAUAGAAGAAUCAUAAAUGUUAAGUCUGUGAAUCAGGAUAUUAUGCAGAUGAAAUAAAUGGAACUUGUUUAAGUAAAUGUGGAGAUUAAAUCAAAAUAAAGGAAGAGGAAUGUGAUGAUGGAAAUCUUGUAAAAGGUGAUGGAUGUGAUGAUUAAUGUAGAUUAGAAAAUAAAUAUAUAUUUCUGAAAGGUGUAAGUAUCAUACCGAAUUUCCCAAAGCCAUUAUUAUAGAGCAUAGGCACUUCUUAGAUUUAUUCAAGUAUCAGACUAUUUAAAUUAUCUUAUACAAAUCAUAUUGUUAUAACUGAUGGUUUUUAAAUUAAAGAUUAUAUAUCUUUGCAUAUCUCAAACAAACAUGGUAUUUUAUAAAUUGAUCAGUUCUUUCAAUUAACUCAAGAUACUUUUUAGAUUAAUGAAUUUAAUUAAUCUGAAUUAAAUUUGGUAAUAAAUAUCACAUUCUCUAGAAGUUCUUAAGAUGAAAUCCUACUGAUCAAAUUCUUAAAUACCUCAAUCAUUUACUCAAUUGAAGGAUACUCUCAGGUUGUAACUGAAGUCUCUUGUCUUAUACCUAAGGUAACACACAUAGAUAAUGUCAUCAUUGCUCAAGUGUAAUUAACUACCAAGAGUAAUUCCUAUAUACUUUACUUUAUUGGAGCAAUGUGUGGAGGAUCAGUGUUAUUUGGAGGAGUAGAAGUCUUUUUUAAUUUGUUGGAUUCUCUAUAAGUGCUAUCUUACUUGAAAUACCUUAACACUUAAUUUCCGUAUAAUUUAUAAACCUACUUUCAACUUUUUGAAUUUGCUUAAUUUAACUUUAUCUAAAAGAUCUUUGAUUUCUCAGGAUUGAUAGAUCAAAUAUUGCAUGCAAACAAUUUAAAAUAGUUACCAACUAAAGUAGCAAAUGAUGGUAUUCCAUCACUAUUUAUUAUUAAUUCUGCAACAAUUACUACGGUUUGGAUUUCUCUAUUUGGUAUUUAUUUAGUUGCAAAAGUAAUACCUAAAAUUCUAUAUUAAAUUAAGUGUAAAUUUUAUUCUGAAAAUUAAACUUAAAAUUCUUUGCUUGUCUAAAUUGGAGUAUAUUAUUUAACUCUUAAGUAUUUCAUUAAUAGAUUGUGCUUUAAUAUUAUUUCAGAAUUCUUUUGGAGUGGAAUUUUACGUGCUCAUAUGACUACUGCCUAUGAUUUUACUUUCAGUUUAGCACUGUAAUUUUAUACCUUAGAACUUAACUCGCCAAAUAUUUUUAUUAGGUUGAGUUCAUUAAUAGCUUGUGUGGCAAGUGUGAUAUAUAUAUUUAGCCUCUAUUUUGUAAUAAAACUAUCUUAGAUGAAGAAAUAUGCUCUGAAUAAUAAAGUCAUCUAAACUAAGUAUGGUUCUAUUUUCAAUGGAAUUAAGAUAAAUCGAUUUUCUAAAUAUCUUAAUACAAUACUUUUAAUCAAAAAGCUUAUCUUUAUGCUAUUAUUAAUUUUUGCAUAUUAGUUUCCAAUUUUUCAAAUCGUCAGCAUUACAUUAUUAUCAAUCUUCAUGAGUCUAUUUUAUUUCUUAUUUAAUCCAUUAGAGGAUAAAUUAGAGUAUUUUAAAUAGUUAUUUAGUGAAGUUAGUGUUUCUUUUACAUUAAUUACCAUUACAAUUCUGGCUUGUGAUUUGGAAUUAGCAUUUUUUCAAUACGAAAUUAGAUAAAAUUUUGGAUGGGCUUGCAUUUUUUUUAUGACCUCAAUGUUAUGUAUUUAAUUAGGAAUUGAUGGCUUUUAAUAAUGGAGGUAUCUUUUUAAAAAGUAUAAGCUAAUAAAAAAAUUAGCUUAAUCAAUAAUUGGAGUAUUUAAAAGAAAAAAAUAAGUUACUGCUCCUUCAAACAUUUUCUAAUGA